AUGGGAAGAUGGUUUUGUCCACAGCUGGACGGAGAGCCAGCUGCAGCUGCAGCUGGAGAGGUUCACUUCUACAAGCUGGAGUGUGAAAGCUUACGCAGGCGGCUAGAGGAGUUGUCGUACAGCGGCGCGGGUGUCGCGGCGCUGCGCCAGGACCUGGACAUCGCGCGGCGCAGGGAGGCCGACCUUCUGGCCGAGUUGGACCGCGCCAGGGCAGCUCUUGACAACCUUAAGGAGCACCAUGACUUCCUGAUGCACGAACGCGACAACCGCAGCCUCGUGGAGGAGGAGCUACAGCUGCAGUGGCAGAGCAGAGUGACAGAGCUGGAGAACAGGUAUAGGGCGCAGGCUCGCCGCCUCACUGACGACCGUGAGGCCGCGCUGGCCGAGUGUGAGGCUCUGAGGCGUAGAGCGUCGGUGUCCUCAGUGGCCUCUGAGGACACGGGUUCAAAGGAGCAGGUUACUCUUGUGAGGCGCGAGAUGGAGAGGCAGAGGCGCGAGUUUGAGCUGAAGCUGCAGCUGAAGGAGCACGAGGCAGACGAAGAGAGGAUCAGGCACGGGCAGGAUAAGAGAGAUAAGGAGCAAAGGAUACGAGAUAAGGAUCAAAAGAUAAGAGAGAAGGAUGAGAAGAUAAGAGAGAAGGACGACAUGAUAAGGCAGCUCGAGGAUGAAAAGCGGCGUGACGCUCAAAUAUACGACGAUAGAUUAAGGGCAGCUGUGCAGGCCCACGAGAAGCAGGUCAAGGAGCUACAGGACGCGCAGGCGACGUUGAGCUCGAGGCUGCAGGGCGCCGAGGCGCUGCAUCAGGCGAGGCUGCAGGCGCAGGCUGCAGAUUGGCGGCGGCAGACGGGCGAGUCGGAGGACAGCCUGCGUGCCCAGGAGGCUAGCCUGCGUGACCAGGAGGCUAGCCUGCGUGCCAAAGAGGCUAGCCUGCGUGACCAGGAGGCCAGCCUGCAUGCCCAGGAGGCUAGUCUGCGAGACCAGGAGGCUAGCCUGCGUGCCCAGGAGGCUAGCCUGCGUGCCCAGGUGGCUAGCCUCGAGCAGGAGGUGGACAGACUCAAGGAGGAGGUAGGAAAAAGGCUUUAG